AAAGUAAAUAAUCUGCGAAAAGAGGAUAUCAGAAACAUCAUCAACACUCUCAAGCUCGUCCAUUUAAAUUACAAGCUUGUACACAUGGAUCUUCGAAAAUACAACUUUCUUCGUAAUGAUAAUGGAGAAAUCGUGAUUAUCGAUUGGGGAUAUAGCGUAACGGAAGGCGAAACUGGGAAUUUUGCGGGUGCACUUGAAUGCAUGCCCGACGAUGUCUUGACAUCAUUGGUCAACGGGGAACAACCAUCUUAUUCACCGAAAAUUGACUUGAUAUGUUUGGCAAAGGCGUUUUACUUGAUGCUUCAUAAACCGGCACAGGUGCUAGUGGAGAGACUUUCCUUUGAUAGAACUCCUAACUUCAAGUUACGGGCGCAAGAUAUAUUGAGCUUUUGGAAGUCUAAUGCGAAAUCAGGAUUGUGGAAUAGAAUUUUUCAAAAAGCAGAAAACUUGAACUACGAUGACCUAAUCAAAGAACUUGAAAAUUUUUUUUAG